AUGUCCAUUGUUUCACACAGUUUGCGCAGGCUGGUCUCACUGUCAGCUCCCAUUGUGCAGUCAGCCAAUGUCCACUUUGAUGACUAUUAUCUUCAGAAUCAGCACAGGAGCUUCUCAUUAUCAUCAUCAUCACCUAGGUUAUCAUCUGCCAGCAAGCAGUUACACCCUGGCGUCUUUUACAAUGCAGUCAGAGAUUCCAACAUUAACUUCUUCUGUGGGGUUCCAGACUCCCUGCUAAAAGAUUUCUGUGCUUACGUCACUAAAAACUCCACCAGCCAGGAGCAUAUAAUAACAGCCAAUGAAGGGGCAGCAGUGGCAUUAGCAGCUGGGUAUCACCUGGCUUCUGACAGAACAGCCAUGGUUUACUUGCAGAAUUCAGGUCUGGGUAACAUGGUGAAUCCUCUCAUGUCAUUGGCCAAUCCUUCUGUAUACAGCUUACCCAUACUGCUUUUGAUUGGUUGGCGAGGCGAGCCAGGGAUCAAGGAUGAGCCACAGCAUGUAGCACAGGGACGAAUCACAGAGAGUAUGCUAGAAUGCAUGGAAAUACCUUAUGAAAUUCUGUCAAAGAGUGAAACGGAAAUGAGAUCUACACUGAAAAGGGCUGAAGAACACUUUGAAGAGAAGAAGUCUCCAUAUGCCAUUCUUGUCAAAAGUAAAACAUUUUCCAGCUACAGCUUGCCACUGAUAGAUAAUCCACAGUUUCCUUUGACCAGAGAAGAGGCUCUAUUCAAAGUUGUGGAAUGCUUGAAGGAGGAGGAUGCGAUAGUUGGAACUACUGGGAUGUUGUCUAGAGAACUCUUUGAGUACAGGGUCUCCAUGCAGAUGGGCCAUGCGCGUGAUUUCCUGACUGUUGGAUCUAUGGGUCAUGCCUCUUCCAUUGCACUGGGAAUAGCUUUGCAGAAGCCAAAACGACAAAUUUUUUGUCUUGAUGGUGAUGGGGCAGUCCUGAUGCACAUGGGCUCUCUUGCAACAAUUGGACAGCAGGGACCAGAAAAUUUCAAACAUAUAGUGUUCAACAACGGUGCCCAUGAUUCUGUUGGUGGCCAACCAACCGAUGCAGCAAACCAUGAAGAAUUUGAUUUGGGGCAAAUUGCUAAAGGCUGUGGAUAUAGGGAGGCACUAGUGGCUUACACAACAGAGGAUAUAGAAGAAAAAGUGAAAUACCUACACAAAGCCAAGGGUCCCAUCUUUCUGGAGCUGAAAGUAAAACUAGGAUCCAGAUCCAACCUCGGAAGACCCACCCGCACAACUCACGAAAACAAAGAAGAUUUUAUGGAGUUUUUAAACCGAUAA